AUGGGUGAAAGAAGCGAAACUGAAAAGUCUAUCAGUGAUGAAGUUAAAAAAUCAAUAAAGAGAAGUGAGAAAUCGGAAGAUUUAUCCUAUCCUGUAUUUCUUGAACAACCUAUUGUAUGUGAUGGAACUUGUGAGCUAUGUCAGGAAUUGUCUGAAUUGAGAAAUUCUGAAGAGCCAAUUCUAUCAGAACAUGAAGUAGAUGAAGAAGAUAUAGAAGUGAAGUCAGCUCGAACAGUAGCUUUCAAAUGCUGUCUUUUUGCUGAAGAAAUGGCUCGUUUCGAAAACUGGGGAGCAGCAUAUCAGUACUAUUUGCGUGGUUGUAAGAUUCUAAAGAUGCAUGGAGAUGCCGGAAACUCAUUUGCAUUUGAUAUGCCCGACUUCAGAGUUUACAUCUACCGCUGUAUUCUCUGCUUAUAUCAGCAUUUUAUGCAAAACGAAAAUUCGAAUUCCUUAAAGUUGGCUAUAGAUAUUGUUUGUUCAAUGUCAAACAUAGAUCAUAUUCAUCCAGUAUGGCAAGAACUUAUGGGUCUUCUUUUGUACGAAUAUCAAAAAUACUAUUGUGGAGCUGUUAAAAGCUUUUUGGCAUUUGUCUUUAUUGGUGGAUUUCGGCCAAAUAAUUUGAAACCUUUUCACUCACAAAUCUUUGCUGACUGCUGCUUCAAAAUGUUCGAACAGCAAGAUAAAAGUUAUGAGAAGGUUGAUAAAAAUCCAUUUAUAACGUCAGACUGGAUAAAUUUAUGGGCGAUAUGUCCAUCUGAUGACGUAAUACUUGAAGAUUUCAUGUCUGUCUACUUAGAAUCAAAUAAGCCAGGUGGUGUAUGUUCCAUCAUUGCAAGUGAAUAUCGGAAAGCUCUGGAAGCAAUGGCUGUCGGUUGCCACAGCACUGUAAUUACGACGCUAAAAGAUGCACAUGAAAUAAAAAAAAGACCAUAUCGGGCGGAAGCGUAUCUUCUAGAAGCGCUGAUCUAUUCACAAAUAUCCGAUGCCGAAGUUAUCGACUGCUUAGAUAAAUUCGUUAUUUACUGGGAAUUUGAUCAAUAUCAUGUAUCAACGUCUCGACGAAAAAAAAUAUUCAUGCGAUAUCUGAGUUUAGCACGUUCAAUACGCAAGGAUCCUUUUUACUUGCUGAAAGCUUAUACAGCAGUUGAAAUCGAAGCAGCAGAAGCAAUGAUGAGAAAAAGUGGCUGGGCCAUGUUGAGACUAAAAGAAUGCAUAAACGAAAUUGAUGUCAGCAAUCAGUGUCAAAAGGAACAUCGCAUUUUCGCCCAGUGGUGUCUUUGUUCGGCAUAUUACGUUAUCGGUCGAUUAGAUAAAGUUGUUAUUCAUGGGCGAAAACUAGGAAAAUAUUUGAUUUUUCCAGGUUUUAUCUCAUCAUUGCUCAUUGAGUUAGAAUUUGAGAAGCAGUCACGAAAAUGCAAUAGCAAACUAAAUGAUUUGGAAGAAAGAAUUAAUGAGCUUCUAAAACGCGAUCCAGAGAAUUUCCGUUUGCACUUAAUUUUAACUGAAUAUCAUUUGCAAAGAAUGAAUUUGCAAAAGGCAGUAGAAAGUGGUAAUAAUGUGCUAAAAUUUUGGCCUGAUCACCUUACAAGACUUGUUCCACGACUUUUACGUAACAUACUCAUGAUUAAUUGCGUGAAUGAAGCUGUAGCUUAUGCAUCAAAAGUUUCUGGAAGUUCUUUCACUCAAUAUUCGCAAAUAAAUGGCAGAUCAAAGAAGCUCUAG